CAAUCGUCGCGCGGCGCCGCGGUGGCUCGCGUCGCGCGCCCGCCAAUCGUCCGUGAUGUUCCACGCGAGGAUCGUGGCGACGUCGCGCUGCGCCGUCGAGGCCCGGCCGUACGCGUGGUUCCGUGGAGCUGUCGCGUCCCAUGGGGUGCCCAGGCGUACAGUGGGCGAUCGCGCCCUCAACCGCGGUCAGGUGUCGCGCGGGGAUAUGCGCGAGGAUUACCUGAGGAUGCUCGACAAGUUCAAGUCAAAAAAACUGCCGCAAGAUGUGAACCACAAGGGCGUGUUCGCUUGCAACGAGCUCGACUUAAAAGAGGUCCAGGUCUACGGAUUCGAUUACGAUUACACGCUGGCGUGUUACAAGCCGUCUAUGGACUACUUGCUUUACAACCUGGGACGCGACAUGCUCAUUAAAAGAUAUAAGUAUCCAGAGGGAAUUGCCAAUCUGGAGUACAGAGAAAAUUUCGCCGUUCGCGGCCUCCAUUACGACAUCGAGAAGGGUCUCUUGCUGAAGCUCGACAGUUUCUUGCAAAUUCAAUUGGGCGCCGUUUAUCGCGGCUUGCAUCCCGUGCCCGACGAGGAGGUUCUCCGAAUCUACAAGAACAGAAUAAUACCGAUAGCCUACGUAGAAGCGCCCCAUAAACAAGCUCACAAUGCCUUGCAUCGCUCGAAAAUGGUUCAAUUAGCCGAUUUGUUUUCGGUACCAGAAAUGAGUCUAUUAUGUAACGUCACAGAAUAUUUUCUGCAAAAUCACAUCGAUUACCAUCCAGAGAUAUUGUUUAGGGAUGUUAAGAACUCCGUACAAAGCUGCCAUCCUAUAAUGCAUCAUCUAGUAGUGGAAAAUGUAUCGGAAUAUCUAGAACAGAAUAAAGAUUUAAGAAGAUUUCUCGAUCGACUUCAAAACGCUGGCAAGAAGACCUUCCUGGUCACGAAUAGUCCCUUUCAUUUUGUUAACAAAGGUAUGCAAUUUCUGGUCGGCGAGAAUUGGAAGGAUUACUUCGAUGUAGUGAUCGUUCAGGCGAGAAAACCAAAAUUUUUCACCGAAGAAACGCGCCCGUUGAGAAUCUAUAACGAAGUUAAACAGACGCAAUUAUGGGAUCGAGUCACUAAACUCGAGAAGGGUAUUAUAUAUCUUGAGGGAACUGUUAAACAGUUGCAAGACAUGACCGGUUGGCGAGGCCAUCAAGUACUAUACUUUGGUGAUCAUCCAUACAGCGACUUAGCGGAUGUGACUUUAGAGCAUGGCUGGCGAACGGGAGCGAUAAUAAAAGAAUUAACGCAUGAAAUUGAAACCUUGAAUAAUCCAAAGUUCAAAGAAAACGCGAACUGGCUCCAGAUGUUAACCUGUCUAAUUGAGGAACAUCAGGAUUACGUAGGACCCGAAGUACAAAGUGAACUGGACGAGUGGAUGAAAGAACGGGAUCAAUUAAGAAACGAAAUUAAAUCUGUCUUCAAUAAACAAUUUGGUUCGGUUUUCAGAACAUAUCACAAUCCAACGUAUUUCUCCAGAAGACUAUUUAGAUUCGCUGAUAUCUAUAUGAGUUCGAUCACGAACCUGUUAGAAUACUCAACGUCUCAUACGUUUUAUCCUAGAAGAGGUGUAAUGCCUCACGAGUAUACCAGUUACUUUGUAUAAAAUGUUUUUAGAAAUAUUCAUUGUUCUUAUGAGCUUUUAGAGUGUACAAUCAAAAUGUUUCGUGAUGAAGAAUAGUAUUUUCGAUUAUGAAAGAAAUCCGAUAUAUUCGACGUUAUAUAAUGUAAAACCUUUAUAGAAGAGAGUCACUAGUUCCGCGCAAAAUACUUCUUAUUAUUAGAUAUGCAUGCAUAAUUUUAUGUGUACAUGCAAUGUAAAUCUAUAUCGAUCAACGUUAAUGCGCUUUUACAGCCGCGUAGUUACAGGUAAUCUGCAUCGAAAUGUAAUGUAUGUAAACGCGAUAAAAUGGCCGGGCAUAUAGAUCACGAAGGCUCUUACGUUGUUAUUAUUAUUACCAUGACAAUAGCCAUAUUAUGUAAAAUAAAGUGAUAUAUCACGUUGUAAGGAGUAAAAUGUGUAGAAUAGAAAAUGGUGCAAAAGUGUCGAGUAAAAUAUUAUUAUAUUAUUGAAAUAAUCGUUGAAUAUUUUGAGAUUUACGAAAGAAUUUAUUUUUGUAAAUUAUGUAAGGAUAAGAACUAAAGUGCUUUUGUACAAUUAGAAUGAAAUGUAAAUUUUUUAAAAUGCCAAUUUAGAUCAUAUAUUUAUAUAUUUAUGAAUAUGCCAUGUAUCUAUAUGUACAAAUAUGAACGUAUUAUGACACAGGCAAUUUAAUUUUUUUCAGAUAAAAUUUAGAAUUUUAAUUAAAAAGUGUAAUUUAUAAUUGAUAUUAUUAAUAUCUAUAUUUAAGUUCCUAAUAAUAAUCUUAUUCCGUUCAUGAAAAUAUGUAUUGAAAGCAAAUGUUCGUUUAACGUUUAAGCAUGUUAAUGUAAAAAGAAUGUAUUUAUUAUAUUGUUUAUAGAACGUCUCAAUAUUCAACUAAAGAUCUUCAACAUAUUCAAAAAUAUAAUUGUUAAGAUUAGUUAAGGUAUCAUGUGUUCAAAAAUAUUUAAAUAUUCACAAAAAAAAUGUUAAAAUUAUAUAUUUAUUUAGUGUAUCUAUGUAAGCAAAAUGUAUUAUUAUUGCUAAAUAUA